CCCAACCCGGGAUGGGCGACCGUGCCCCGGGGGCUGCUGGCCAACGCGGCUGCGGAGCGCAGAGCUCUUAAUGAAAUAGCAAUCAAAGAAACAGUCGGGACUUCAACAUGGCUUUCCAUGUGGAGGGGCUGGUGGCCAUAGUUGUAUUCUACCUGGCUAUCCUGGCAGUGGGGAUAUGGGCUGCUUGGAAAACCAAGAACAGCGGCAGCGAAGGAGAUCGCAGCGAAGCUAUUAUAGUCGGUGGAAGAGACAUUGGCUUGCUAGUUGGUGGAUUUACAAUGACCGCCACAUGGGUUGGAGGAGGUUACAUCAAUGGGACAGCAGAAGCUGUGUAUGUCCCAGGCUACGGUCUAGCUUGGGCUCAGGCACCUAUCGGAUAUUCCCUUAGUCUGGUCUUAGGUGGCCUUUUUUUUGCAAAACCCAUGCGAUCCAAAGGCUAUGUGACAAUGCUAGACCCUUUUCAGCAGCUUUACGGAAAAAGGAUGGGAGGACUGCUGUUUAUUCCAGCUUUAAUGGGAGAAAUGUUUUGGGCUGCUGCCAUCUUCUCUGCCUUAGGUGCCACUAUAAGUGUGAUCAUUGACAUUAAUGUCAAUAUUUCAGUUAUUAUUUCUGCCCUGAUUGCAACUAUGUACACGCUUGUGGGUGGGCUUUAUUCUGUGGCCUACACCGAUGUAGUUCAGCUCUUCUGCAUCUUCCUGGGAUUGUGGAUCAGCGUACCCUUUGCGAUGUCCCAUCCUGCAGUGACAGACAUUGGGUUCACGGCUGUGCACCAGGUGCACCAAGCACCUUGGCUUGGAUCUAUCAACUCACUUGACAUUUACACAUGGCUGGACAAUUUCCUUUUACUGACAUUAGGAGGAAUCCCAUGGCAAGCGUAUUUCCAGCGAGUUCUCUCCUCAUCUUCUGCCACAUAUGCUCAAGUUCUGUCAUUUCUGGCUGCUUUUGGCUGUCUUGUGAUGGCUCUUCCUGCGGUACUCAUUGGUGCAAUUGGAGCAUCUACAGCCUGGAAUGAUACUGACUACGGUUUCCCUGACCCUAUGGCUAAUAAAGAAGCAGAUAUGAUUUUACCGAUCGUGCUCCAACACCUUUGCCCAGUCUAUAUCUCGUUCUUUGGCCUCGGUGCUGUAUCUGCUGCUGUGAUGUCAUCAGCUGACUCUUCAAUUUUAUCAGCAAGUUCUAUGUUUGCUCGGAACAUUUACCAGCUUUCCUUUCGGCAAAAUGCUUCAGACAGGGAAAUCGUGUGGGUCAUGAGAAUCACUGUUUUUCUGUUUGGAGCAUCAGCAACAGCAAUGGCACUGCUAGCUUCAUCAGUGUACGGCCUGUGGUACCUCAGCUCUGACCUUGUUUAUAUCAUCAUAUUCCCCCAGCUCCUGUGCGUGUUAUUUAUUAAAGGAACAAACACCUACGGUGCCAUUGCAGGAUACUUAUUUGGCCUUGUUCUCAGAAUAACUGGAGGAGAACCGUACCUCUACCUUCAGCCCUUGAUCUACUACCCUGGCUGCUAUCCAGAUGAAAAUAAUAUUUAUAUCCAGCGAUUCCCAUUUAAAACACUUGCUAUGCUUACCUCCUUCUUUACUAACAUUAUAGUCUCCUACUUAGCCAAAUACUUAUUCGAGAGUGGGACUUUGCCACCAAAGCUGGACUUCCUUGAUGCUGUUGUUGCCAGGUACAGUAGAGAACACAUGGACAAAGCAACUCUUGUAAAAAGUGACAAUAUUGUAUUAAACGAACUUGCACCUGUGAAUCCACGACACAGUCUAACUUUGAGCUCAACUUUCACAAACAAGGAAGCCUUUAGUUAUGUUGAUUCCAGUCCAGAGCUGUCCAACACUGAAGAUAAUUAAAAAAUCUGGUAGCCACAGAAAAAAACAAUACAAAGCAGGAUAUUCUACAAAGAAUAGUAACAGGCAUUUUAUCAGAAGAAAAGCAAGAUUUGGGAAUAAAAUGCCGCUGCACAAUUCUUUAAGUUGAUUCUAGGAGCAGGAGCAUCCCAAGGGAGGAACUCUUUUCUGUUAUUAUCUAACAUGUUGGAUUAGAUCAUAGAGUGUGUAUCAAAAGAUACACUCAGAUCCCAUUCUUUCCACCCAGAACUACAUACUGUGUAAUUAAAAAAAUAUUUGCAAUUGAAAAUAUAUGUAGUAGAAAAAGUGCAACGGUUAUUUAGCUAGGACAUCAUAUGAAGAGAUUAUAGUACAGUCAUUCUGAAAUACUAUCAGUCAACAUUUUAUUGGCAUUAAGUGAAAAUAUAUUGUUACAGUUAUAAGUGAUUUAUUACUAAAGAGCUAGUUGCUUGAGCAAAGACAGAUAGAUAACUUCCCUGGGUUUUUGGUCUGGUUGUUUUUUUCCUCAUAAAGAAAUUCAAAUAAUACAAAUCUAGUAUUUUAUUAUUUGUGAAAGACAGUAAAAUGCGCAAAUAGUAAUAAAUUCCUUAUAGGAGUGCUAAACAUCAUAUAUUAAUUUAAAAUGUUAAAAUGAAGUCACCAGUUUAAAAUAAUUAUACCUAAUGCAAGACAACCUUAAGCAAAAUAU